CCGGCCCCGUGUUCGGGUUCCACGGCUGGUGGCGGCGGUGGAGUCUACGUUUACGUACGGGUGGCCGCGCGGCCCUGGGAUAGUCUGUAGAGGAUGCAAAAUGCGAGAAUCCCCCACUCAAGUCAAACUCAGGAACAAGACUGUUUGCAAAGUCAGUAUGUCAGUGAUAGACAAGAAAUGACAAGCAAGCAAGAGAAUGAUGACAAUGCAGAGGUGGAGGAAAGCCUCCCCUCUUGUUCCUCUGUUAAUGGACCAUCCACUUCUGCUGAGGGGUGUUCAUCGGAAGUUCCGAGAAGAGGGCCGGCCCUGCUGCACAUCGACAGACAUCAGAUACAGACGGUGGAGCCGAGUGCGCAGGCCCUUGAACUGCAGGGGUUGGGUGUGGAUGUGUACGACCAGGACGUGCUGGAACAGGGUGUGCUUCGGCAAGUGGACAGCGCCAUUCAUGAGGCCAGCCGUGCGGCCCAGCUUGCAGAUGCGGAGAAGGAGUAUCGAUCAGUCCUGGAUGACCUCACGUCAUGUACAACAUCCCUACAGCAAAUCAAUAAAAUUAUUGAACAACUUAGCCCUCAAGCUGCUACCAACAGAGACAUCAACAGGAAACUAGAUUCUGUAAAACGACAGAAGUAUAAUAAGGAACAACAGCUAAAGAAGAUCACAGCAAAACAAAAACGUCUCCAGGCCAUCCUUGGAGGAGCAGAGGUACAAGUUGAACUAGAUCAUGCCAGUCUGGAGGAGGAGGAUAUAGAACCGGGGCCGUCCUGUCUCGGCAGCAUGCUCAUGCCUGUCCAGGAGACGGCUUGGGAAGAGCUCAUCCGCACGGGCCAGAUGACACCUUUUGGAACCCAGAUCCCUCAGAAACAGGAGAAAAAGCCUAGAAAGCUAAUGCUCAAUGAAGCAUCAGGCUUUGAAAAGUAUUUGGCAGAUCAAGCAAAAUUGUCUUUUGAAAGGAAGAAGCAAGCUUGUAAUAAAAGAGCAGCUAGAAAAACCGCAGCCUCAGUCACUUCGGAACUGAGCGCAACACUCCCUGAAAACAAACCAAAUGAGCAAAGCAAAGUUCUCUCAAAAACAGAUAAGCGCUUGAAAAAACACAUCAAGAAGCUCCAGAAAAGGGCUCUUCAUUUCCAGGGGAAAGUGGGCUUGCCAAAAGGAAAGAAACCUUUGGAGUCUGACAUGAGGCCGAAGGCGGAGGGCGACUCAGAGGAUGACGAGUCCGAGUACUUACCCACGGAGGAGGAGCUGGAGGGGGCGGGGGGUGCCGAGCUGCUGGGAGAGGGCACGGACUAUGACCUGAAGCCCGGGCUCACGCCCCGAAAACGGCAGAGAAAAGUCACGGUGCAGGAGAUCGAGGAUGACUUUUUUCCAAGUUCUGGGGAGGAAGCAGAAGCCGCCUGUGGAGGAGGAGGUCGGAAAGUAGUGAGAUGCCGAGAUGAUGGAGAUGAAGAUUAUUAUAAGCAGCGGUUAAGGUCAGUCUGCAGAUUGUAAACAGAUUGUGCUGCUUGCUUUCUCUUAGGCCACAGGUUUAUUAAAUAAGAGUUCUAGAUUCAGCUUAAUGUAUUAGACCCCCGUUUAUCCAAAGGUUGGACUUCCUUUAGCCUUAGCCUCCUUGGACCAGCAGGGCCCCAGUGGAGCUAAUCCCCAAUGCUUCUAACUUCUGUAUCUUCAUUCAGAUUUGGGGCAAGUCUCAGAAGAAAAGCUUAGGGGAACGGCUGGGGCAAGAGGCCUGUGGAGGACCGAAGGCGGAGCCGUAUGCCUUUAUACUCAGGCCACCUGUAGCCAGGGGCAGGAAAAGGAACAGGCUGGCCUGUGUGGUGUAUGCUGCGUGGUUGGUUUUUUCUUUUGAAGCAGGAAAGUAAUUGUCCAGGACGUUCCUCCAAAAAGGAGCUGAAAUUUAAGCUCUAGUGUAUG